GUACAUUCACCAGUUUGAUUUGAGAAGGCGAAAAGAUUGGUAGAACUAGUCGGACGACAAAUAUUCGUAAAACACGAUCAAAGUGACACAGCAUACACUGUGUGUCCGUAGUGUCACCAACAGCAAUAACAACAACAAUAAUAAUCGAAAAAAAGUUUACCAACUUUACACUAUCAAUAGCUUCAUUACUCAGCAGUAGAGAGCCAAGGCAGAGUCAGUCAGCCAACAAACGAACGAACUAAACGACCAACAACUAGGCAAGCCAGUCCGAGUGCGAGUCAGCCACAAGCCAGGCUGACAGUAGCAAAAACUACCAUUUGUAAUUUUGUUCCAUAUGUAAUUGCAAUACAUACGCAAGCGACGGAGUUUGCUUUUUUUUAGUAAAAAAUAAGUAAAAAACAUAGACUGAACAGAAGCUGCUGUGAGAUUUGUAAAAAUAUUUAUAUAAAUAAUAAUUAUAUUAAUUAAGUGCACGGCAUGUUUUGAAAAGUGUUGACAAGUUAACUCAAAAAAGUGCAAAAAAGUUGGAAAAUUCUAUUUUCUAAAGAAAUUAAAAAAAAAUUUAACAACUAGACUAGUAAGGAUUAUCUAAUAGCUGUAUAUGUAAAUGUCAAGUCUAUACAGCUGAAGCGCUACAAAUCGAAAAAAAGUUAAUACGCAUGCGAAAAUUUUUAUAACGUUAGCUGUGCGUUAUAUAAAUACAUUGAACUUGGAAAAGCGAGAAAUUUUUGCUGCUGCAGAGUAAUUAUUAAGUCAAGUCAAAGUCAAAAUGGCCCUUUAUGGGAUGGUGUCAGCCGUUUCAGGCUUUAUAAAAAUACGAAAUCUCUUGGAUCGUGCGGUUAUCGAUAAUAUGGUGUUUCGUUGCCAUUAUAGAAUUACCACAGCGAUAUUGUUUGUUUGCUGCAUUAUUGUAACGGCAAAUAAUUUAAUUGGCGAUCCCAUUGCAUGCAUCAAUGAUGGCUCCAUACCAAUGCAUGUCAUCAAUACAUUCUGUUGGAUUACAUACACAUUCACCAUACCCGGUCAGCAGCACCGCCAAAUUGGUACCGAAGUCGCUGCGCACGGCUUAGGCAAUGAAUAUGGUCAAGAGAAGCGUUAUCACAGCUAUUAUCAGUGGGUGCCAUUCGUGCUGUUCUUCCAGGGACUCAUGUUCUAUGUACCGCAUUGGAUUUGGAAGAAUCUGGAAGAUGGUAAAAUGCGCAACAUCACCGAAGGUCUGCGCGGUUUCAUCACCAUGCCCGACGAUUAUCGCAAGGAGCGGCAGGCACGCAUCAUAAAAUACUUGAAGGACAGCUUGAAUUCGCACAGCAGCUACUCGUUUGCCUACUACUUCUGUGAGGCGUUGAAUUUCGCCAAUGUUGUGUUGAAUAUCUUUUUGGUGGAUAAAUUUUUGGGUGGCGCUUUCAUGACCUACGGCACCGAUAUGAUCAAAUUCUCAAAUAUGGAUCAGGAGAGUCGUUUCGAUCCGAUGAUUGAGAUAUUUCCACGUUUAACCAAAUGUACUUUCCGCAAAUUCGGCCCGGGCGGUUCACCACAGACCCACGAUACGUUGUGUGUGUUGGCUUUGAAUAUUUUGAAUGAGAAAAUUUACAUUUUCUUGUGGUUCUGGUUCAUCAUCUUAUCCGUGAUCUCUGGCGUUGCAUUAAUUUACUCACUUACCGUUAUAAUGAUGCCGACCACACGCGAAACUAUCAUCAAACGUUCAUAUCGCUCGGGACAGAGCAAGGAAAUCCAAUCUUUGGUGCGCCAUUUGGAUAUUGGCGAUUUCCUGAUUUUGCACUUUUUGGGACAGAACAUCAAUACAAAGUACUACUGUGAUUUGGUGCAAGAACUUUGUCUCGUACUCGGUGCUUCGCGUACACCAUCUGCGCCAUCCACCCUGGAGAUGCAUCCCAUGUAUCCACAAGUAGAUCGAUUCGGCAAGGAGACCGAGACAUAAAUCGUGCAAACAAAAUAAUAAAAAAAAACUAAAAAACCAUUCAUUCAAUAAAAAAGUAACAACGCCAUUACAAAAACAGUAACGAAAACUACAAAAACGCAGAGGAAAGCAAAAAUAACAGAAUAUAAAAAAUAGCGGAAAUGCUAACAGCAUACGGUACUCAAAGUUGUGCUGAUUACUGUCAAAUUGACGUUUCGCUAGAAAACAUAAAUCAAGACACCUUCGCUCCACUAAAUUAUAAAGAAAAUCGAAAAACAGAUCGCCACAACAACAACGGCAAAUACUUAAAUCUCAAGCUGUAUUUUUUCGGAAAAAUGAAAAUCUCAAAAUUAGCGGAAUUUCGAUUUCAAAGCAGAAGAAAGCAUAAAAUUGUGCCAAGCAAAAUAACAAGUAAAACAAAAACAAAAAUAAAUGAUAAAAAAUUAACUGCCAACACACAACGUCAGCGCAGCAGUGCAAUUUCUACCAUUUGCAAACCUAUUGCAACAACGUGCGGUAAACACAUACACGCACACAGAACACACACACAAAAUAAGCUAAGCACAAAACCAUUAUAGAAUUUAUUAUAUAACAACAGCAUACCUUACGUUGUCCAAUAGUUAUUGCACAAAGCCAAUAUGAGCAGUACUCAUACUACUUGCUACAAUAUAUAUGUAAUAAUAUUAAAUAUGCUGUUAAUUGUGUUUAAGCCACAAUUUACUUCCAUUUUCAUAAUUUUCAACUUUUUAUAUGCGCAUUUCUUAUACAUAUAUACUUAUAUAUAUGACUUUUUAGUACUUUAAAUUAAAUAUUGUAAGCAUUUAGAUAUUACUUGAAUGAUCUUUUACAUACAUAAAUACGAUGAACGAAAAAUAUUAAAAGCUGCAAAUUUGUUUAAGUUAAAUCGUAAAAAACAACAAACUAAAACAAAAACAAAAACAAAAACAAAAAAUAAUUACAAUUAGAAUACAUUUGAUAAAGUGUUUAGAUAAGCUAAAGUUUAGAAAUUCAUGUACGAAAAUGCGAAUAUUGUGAUGAUUGUUAGGGAGACUUCUUUAAAUAAAUUUUUUCUAUUUUAUGAAGCGAUAAUCAA